AUGCAGCUCAAGACCGGCUUCUACUUCAUCUCCACCAUCGUCACCAGCCCCUGGGGCGAGCACUGGGUCCAGCGCGACUCGGUCGAGGACAAGUCGUUCGUCCCCAAGCCCGUCAACGUCCAGGUCGACGAGGCGGGAGCAGCUGAGUGGUACAUCGAGCAGAUCGGCGACACCAGCGUCUUCAAGCUCUCGGCCGGCUCCAUCAACGCCGACCCCGCCCCGACCGUCGACCAGGAUGGCAAGCUCGUCGCCGACAUCAGCGGCGUCUCCUCGACCAGCUGGACCGUGACUGAGUGCGGCGAGACCUGCGAUGAGGGUGUCUUUAUCAUCACAAAUGACGAGGGAAACGCCUGGCAGACUCCGCAGACCAACGACACCGACCCUCAGAUCCUGCUCCAGUACCUGGUCAUCCCUCUCAUCUACCCUCCCAAGUACCCGACUUAUGCGCAGUUCAAGUUCGCCUCUGUCGACGAUGUCGACUAG